ACCGCCUCCACGUGGUGUCCCCUGGGUAAUGCUAAAUGGUUCUCAAAAAUAUUAUAUCUCUAUAAUUUUCUUUUAUAAAUAUCGUGUUGUUUUAAACAAAUACGUAGUGAGUGUGCACCGUAGUCACCAUCACUCGCAACGUUCUUGGAUUUUACAAAUGAACCAGCAAUAUCGAUUAUUUUAGUUUUUAAUUUAUCAUUAAUUUCAUCUUUGUUUUGUUUAUAUUUUUCUGUUUUUGGCAAUUUCCACUGGUAUAUUUUGUGGCAUCUUUGGUAAUGAAGCUGUCAUUGAGGGUAGAAUAGUACUUGCAGGGGCAGGUACUUCAGGGGGGGCUCUGAUCCAGAAACUUGGUGGAUUAAUAGUGGUGGAUUUUUGAUUUGUCAGGAGCUGUGUAUCAACCAUUUUAGCAGGCCAGUAUUCUUCAAAAUGGGUUUCUGGUGGAAAAUAAUUCUUGAUAUCAUCGAGACUAGUUACUGUACACGAAUCACUAGUAAACAGCUCAUUUCUGAUACCCUGAACUUUACUACAUAACUUCAGAAAGGCCAAGUUUCAAUUUUCAAGUUUUACAACACUAUGCCUCAGGUUUUCUGUUUCACCUUCAAAAUAGAAAAGUGGAACAUAUUUAUGGCCAUCUUUAUGGCAGUAUAGCACAACAAAUUCGGAAUUGCUACGAAUAAAACCAUAUAUUUCUUUGCGACUAGGAGUAAUAUUGCACUGUAGCUUUUUAUAACAUAUUUCUAUAAAUUUAUAAAACUCGUGGACAACUUUAAACCAACAAUGUAAUCCUUACCAGCAUAGAAUUCAUCUUUUCCAUAGAUACCAUCACAAUGUCUUAUGUUAAUCUAAUUCAAUAUCUUUGCUUCUGAAUCAGUGAUAAAGUGACUUCUCACUGAUGUACAUGUAUAAAUAUCUGCAUGUAAUUAGUGUAAGUAAUUGCUGAGCUGCUGAGUUUUAGCAAUCCGUACAGAAAUAAUCUUCAACUCUUCACCAUUCAUUACAAAAAUAAUGUAUGGUAUAAAGUAUUUUGCAAUUGAUUUCCAGCAAAAUAUACCUUGAAUACUUUGUAUAUUUUCACUCUUUUUAAAUAAUUUUUCUUGCUUGUUCUUUUGUGAAAUCGGUGCAAUAGUCAAAGUAACUGCUCUACCAGCUGUGUUUAUAUAAACAUUGGCUGAUGAAGAACUUGGCGGUUUUGCUGCAGUUGAAGCGCUUUUUGAUAAUUUUCUUUCAUUUUAGGAGCCAUUGCAUUGAUUUCAGGAUCUCAUCACGUUAAUUUUUAACACUACCAGGCGCUGAUGGAGUGGUACGCGCCGUUCAUCUGGGAUCUACCAAGGAGAAUUGAUUCGUCAGAUCGUGACAGUUGUCUACAGUAAAGCCAACCGCUUAAUUCUAUGAGACGCCGUCCAUUUUACCAGACAGUUGGUAGCAGCACCGGAUGCCACCGCAGCAAGCGUCCGCUGAUCACUCAAAUCCUCAAACCACAACAUCUAUAUACGAAGGUAAUAUUUACUAUAUUUUAUAAUCUCAACAGUUAGUUAAAUUGGAUUUAAUCAUAUUCAUUCACCAAAUAAUUUUUGAAAAGUUUUACGAAAUUUAAAAAAUAAGAACAAGAUAAUUUUAUAAGAAUUUUAAAAUAGAUGUGGUUACAAAAAUAUUAAAUAAAACUUUUUGAAAAUAUUCAUGUAUAAAUACGGAAUACGGAUACUUGAUUUGAAAAGUAAUAAAAAUACGUAUUUUGAUACAAAUUUUAUAAAUUUAAAACUAAAACAAAAAUAUUUUUCUUAGAAAUCAACUAGACUAUAUUUUUUCUUAUUUUAUAGAAAAUUUAACACAUUUUAUCAAUUUAUUUGUCAGAAAUUGAAUACUUAGGUAAGUAGUAUUAUUAUAGGUACCCAACAAUAUGAGGAUAUAAUUCAUGUAUAAAAUUAAAAUUAAGAUGUUAUAAGCCUUUCCGCUAACGAAGGGAUAAAUGUUAAAAAUGAACGCGAUGAGAUCCUGAAAUCAAUGCAAUGGCAUUUAAAAUGAGAGAGAAUUAUCAAAAAACUACUUCAAUUGCAGAAAAACCGCCAAGUUCUUCUAUAGCCAAUGUUUAUAUAAACAGAGUUGGUAGAGCAGUUACUUUGACUAUUGCACCGAUUUCACAAAAGUACAAUCAAGAAAAAUUAUAUAAAGAUAGUGGAAUUAUACAAAAUAUUCAAGGUAUAUUUUGUUGGAAAUCAAUUGCAAAAUACUUAAUAUCAUACAUUAUUUUUGUAAUGAAUGUUGAAGAAUUGAAGAUUGUCUCUAUACGGAUGGCUAAAACUCAGCUGCUCAGCAAUUACUUACACUAUUUACACGCAGAUGUUUAUACAUUUACAUCAGUGAGAAGUAACUUUAUCACUGAUUCAGAAGCAAAGAUAUUAAAUGAGAUUAACAUAAAACAUUGUGAUAGUAUCUAUGGAAAAGAUACAUUCUACGCUGGCAAAGAUUACAGUGUUCGUUUAGAAGAUGUCCACGAGUUUUAUACAUUUAUAGAAGUAUGUUACAAAAAACUACAGUGCGACAUUACUCCUAGUCGCAAAGAAAAAUGUGGUUUUAUUCGUAUCAAUUCCGAAUCUGUUGUGCCAUACUGCCUUAAAGAUGGCCAUAAAUAUGUCCCGCUUUUCUAUUUUGAAGGUGAAACAGAAAACCUAAGGCAUCGUGUUGUAAAUCUUGAAAAUUGGAACUUGGCCUACCUUAAGUUCUGUAAUAAAGUUCAGGGUAUCAGAAAUGAGCUGUUUGCCAGUGAUACAUGCACAAUGACUAGUCUCGAUGAUAUCAAGAAUUAUUUUCCACCAGGAACUCAUCUUGAAGAAUACUGGCCAGCUAAAGUGAUUGAUACUCAGCUCCUGACAAAUCGAAAAUCUACCAAUGUUAAUCCACCAAGUGCCUGAACCAGAUUUCCGUUGAAGUACCUUUCGUUGCAAGUACAAUAUCACACACAUUGACGGUUUCAGCAUCAGUGAUGUCACAAAGUAUGGCUGUGAAAAUGAAAACAUUUCAAAAUGGUUGGCCACCAAAUCAAAUGGUUAAUUCAUAUACCACUCCAUCUUUGCCCCAAAAACAACACGUGGCUAUUCUUUUGCAUCCAUAAAUUAAAGUAUAGCUGCACAAUGCUAUACAGCGGGACCACCGAUGUCUCAAGAUAAUAGUUCAAUGAAUGGUGGUAGUCAUGCUAUACCACCACCGCCUCGGUUAGGUUACAAUACGAUAUUUAUACAAAAAACUAUAGAGAUUUUAAAUAUUUUUAAUAUUCCAAAUUUGAAAUCAGAAUACUACCUUACAGAUGAUGAUCUGGCAUAUAUUUGUGACCAAUUUAAUAUGAACCUAUGUACCUAUAAUAUAUGAAACAUCUGAUUAUACAGUUCCAUAGUGUUACCAAAUAGGGAAAAUAUCGGAAUUUUUUAUAAAAAUCUUCAUUGAACACCAGGUAUCAUAAUAAUCACCGACAUCCCACGCCAAUUCAAUAAUUUAACAAUUAUUACAACUUUCCCAGGUUUUCACACAAUUGAAAUACACAUAGACCAUAUUUUUCUAUAUGUAAGUUUUGACCGUUCAAAAAUAUCACAGCAAAAUCCAAUUAUAAAAAAAAAAAAAAAUCGACAUUAAUAUCAAUAACAACAAACCAAUUGAUAAAUCUUCAUAAUAGUACUUACAAUAUUGUCAAGAUUGUGAAAAAUCACCUACGUCUCAAAACGAUUUAAACAAUUCAGAAAACAAUGAAAACGAAAAAUGUUUAAGCGAGGGCGGAGAUAUUAUGUUUUGCGAAAGAUGCGGAAACUACGUUUGUUUGAGCUAAGACGUGCAGCGCAAUAUAAUGGUAGGACUGCGUACGUUGUUCCACUGUCAGUUUGCGAUAGUGUUUCUAUUAUCUAGCUGAUAUUGGACGGCGUGCGACAGUCCGUUAUUAUAUCUCAAAUUCAUAUAGUUCUAUUUAUUAAGGUUUUGUAUAUUAAUUUUCUAUUUUUAUUAUUUUAUCUUAACCUAACUCUAGGGUGGUUAAUUUUUGUCUGUAUUCCGUUUUGUCGUGCUAUCCUAUGUUAUUCGUCCGCAGUUAUUAAAGCGGUUGCACGUGUGUGGUUGUUCUUAAUAUUAAGUUUUUUGUAUUAUUAUUAUAAAUACGUCCCCGGCACGGUCUCGUGGGAUAAAACCAUCGCUUAAGGUAACUGCUUGUAUUGUGACUUUGAGUACCUACUUUGUAGUAUACACAUUUACGUUAUAUUUUAUACCACUGUUCAUAUUCAUAUUUUAUAUUAUAUUAAUUUGUAUACUUUGUCCGAAUGAGGCAUAUUAUAUCAUUAUAUUUAUAUUAUUUUUUAUUAGAUUUCCAUUACAGGGCAUUCAUAUUAAUUUAUAUUGCAUUUAUUAUAUUAUAUCAAUCAUUCAUAUUAUUGUUACAAUAGUCUGAUUAUUAUUAUUAUACUUUAAAAUACAGUCCACUAUUUAGUAUUUUAUUAUUUUACUUUAUCUUUAUAAGAAACACGCAAACUUGCUAUAGUUACAAGCCCCCGCGUUCUUAACAUUUGGUCCUUAUCGAGCCGGAUAAAUAUAAAUAAUAAUAUUCAGACUAACAUAAUAUAUACAUUAUUUUGUUUUGUUUUUUAUUGUAACAUAAGCAUUAUUGCAAUCACUUGUAAAGCGCUCAUAUUGUCAAGUCUUUUUUUUAUUGUAGAAGCACUUGCAUUACAUAUUUAGCGUUUAUUUGAUAACUAUACCAAACAUUACAUCUGCCAUCAUGGACACCGAAGAAUAAAAAUCACUAGUACGCCGAAGAAGCAAUUUAAAAAUUGAAGUAGCUGCACAUUUGAAGUUUGUGAAGAAAUUUGUUGAAUCUUCAAUGGCAUUUCAUCUAUUCCACGGUUAGUUUUGUGCCAAGCCAACAAACGAAUUAUCACAUUACACGGGUUCUGUGAUGCAUCUCAAAACGCCAUUGGAGCCUGUAUCUAUGUGCGUUCAAAAACAGUUGACUCUGAAGUCUCAUGAACAACCGCACUAUAUACUUCAAGAUCUCAAGUAGCAACUAUUCGCAUUACAACAAUACCAAGGUUAGAACUUAACGAUGCAACAAUAUUAGCCGACCUGAUGACUGAAGUUCGAAAGGAGUUCAAAGCCCUUAAUUUACUUGUAUCAGAUGACAAUGUAAGUUUAUGGACGGAUUCCUCAAUUGUUUUAUCAUGGAUCAACACAGAUUUACCGUUAAAAAUGUAUGUUGCAAAUCGAAUAACACAAAUUUAUGAGUCUUUUACUAUUGCACAAUGGAGAUAUAUACCUUCACAAGAUAACCCUGCUGACCUUACAACUCGAGGAACUUCUGUACUGUCCUUAGAAUCAUCAACACUCUGGUGAAAAGGACCACAGUGGUUAACACAAAAUAGUAGUCAUUGGCCUGCAGGUUUUGAGUAUGCAGUUAGCAUUCCCGAAGUUCGUACCAUCAAGUCUGUCUUGACAGUUCCCUAGUGUCACAGUGUAGACUCAUCAAAAGAUUAUAAUCUGUUAAAUCGAUACUCAAGUUGGACAAAACUUAUUCGAAUAACAGCUUAUAUUCAAAGUUUUUGUAAAAAUUCUAAAUUUGUAAAAUCUGAAAGGUUUAUCGAUCUUCUCCAUGCCUUCGAACUUAAGACCGCCAAGGAAGCUUUGGUAAGAAAGUUUUUCAGUGUUGACACCUGCCCAUUUUUAGUGGGAGGUUGUUUAACAUUACGCCUAGAUGUAGAACGUUCCACGUUCGGAGAAACCUAUUAACCAUAUAAAGUGAUGGCAUAUUGUGCAGGGAAUGAUGAUAGGGUUUUGGCGCAGAUGGUCCACUGAAUAUCUACGCACACUGCAAGUCGGAUCUAAGUGGAAUGUAGUCACUAAGGAUGCAGUCAUCAAUGUAGAAGAUUUAGUAUUAGUAGUAGAAGGCAAUCAACCAUCAUUAACUUGGCGCACUGACCGAGUGACACAGCUCCAUCCUGGCUCCGAUGACAUUGUUCGUGUUGCAACAAUUACCUUGCCUGGCAACAAGUCAUUGCUGCGAUCUCUGGUAAAACUAUGUCCACUGCCUUAUGUCAAUGCUGAGGAUUCAACAAAUUCAACUUAGUCAAGUCUAUUCUAGUUCAAUUUAUUCAAGACAAUCUACUCAAGUUCAAGUUACUCCUCAAGACAAAAGCUUAAAUUAUUAUUUAUUAUCUGUUAUAUGUUAGUAUAUUGUUAUUUUAUGUUGUGUCGAAAUACCAUUGUAUUUUAACCGGGGGGGGGGGGGGGAUAUGUUCGAGCUAAGACGUGCAGCGCAAUAUAGUGGUAGGACUGCGUACGUUGUUCCACUGUCAGUUUGCGAUAGUGUUUCUAUUAUCUAGCUGAUAAUGGACGGCGUGCGAAAGUCCGUUAUUAUAUCUCAAAUUCAUAUAGUUCUAUUUAUUAAGGUUUUGUUCAUUAAUUGUCUAUUUUUAUUAUUUUAACCUAAACUAACCCUAGGGUGGUCGUUUUUUGUCUAUACUUCGUUUUGUCGUGCUACCCUGUGUUAUUCGUCCGCAGUUAUCUUAAAGCGGUUGCACGUGUGCGAUUGUUCUUAAUAUUAAGUUUUUUUGUAUUAUUAUUAUAAGUACGUCCCCGGCACGGUCGCGUGGGAUAAAACCACCGCUUAAGGUAACUGCUAGUAUUGUGACAGUGAGUACCUACUUUGUAUUAUACACAUUUAUGUUUUAUUUUAUACCACUGUUCAUAUUCAUAUUUUAUAUUAUAUUCAUUUGUAUACUUUGCCCGUAUGAGGCAUGUUAUAUCAUUAUAUUUAUAUUAUUUUUUAUUAGAUUGCCAUUACAGGGCAUUCAUAUUAAUUUAUAUUGCAUUUAUUAUAUUAUAUCAAUCAUUCAUAUUAUUGUUACAAUAGUCUGUUUAUUAUUAUUAUACUUUAAAAUACUGUCCACUA